UUCCGCUUCUUCCUCAUCUGUAAAGUGACCGUAAAAGCGCCUAAUUCGUUCAUCAAGAGAAGUCAAGAGUCUGAUGGCAUGGCUUUAAUCACCUUGCGGAGGAACCUUCGUCGUUUGUCUGAUGUUUGGAUAAAUAGAGCUCUGGCUGUUCUGAAAAAUCAACCUGUAAAUCAUGUUCACAAGGUAGUCAAGGAGCAUCUGAGUCCUUGGUUCUGUUCACUACAGCCUGAGCCUUUCAGGGUCAGGUUCCAUCAUGCCUGUUGUAAAAAGUUCCAUUCAGAAAAUGGAAAUGACCUACAUCCAGUUGGUGAGCCACUGUUUUCUCAAGUAGACGACUGGGAUAGGCUUGAACAAAAUCUUAAAAAUGAGGACGAACAGAUCUUUUACAGGAGACUAAACAGUUUCACCUCAUCGGAAGAAGUGUUAAGUUUUAUAAGCACACUGGAAACCCUGUCUGAUGCUAUGGCAGCAGGAGCUUUACAACGGAUUUGUGAAGUGGGAAAAAAAGAUGAUAAUCAAAGGCUGCCGAAAGAAAUACUGGAGAAUAGCAUCUUUCAGGCUCUGUGCUUUCGGUUUGAACAGGAGCCCUCACAUCUGUCAAACACGAGUUUGGUGACUGUUCUGCAGGCUCUGAUUCUCUUGAGCAUGGAUCCUCAAAGUAGCCUGUUACUGAACCUAGUGGCAGAAUGCCAAAAUCGCCUCAAAAGAGGUGGCCUGGAAGUUCGCAAUCUUUGUAUUCUUGGAGAAAGUCUGAUUAGACUGCAAGGUCCAAGUUGUGUGACACUGGAACCGAUUAUAUAUCAACUGCAAGUUGAAAAAUUGGAAACAUUUACCCCAGAGGAUAUUGUGUCCCUUUAUAGAAUACUGCAAGCAUGUACUGAUAAAGUGGACCAACACCAGAUGUUUUUAAAUAAGAUAAACAAUUUCUCCCUUUCAUUAGUUUCCAGCCUGAGUCCUAAAUUGAUUAGCCAAAUGCUCACUGCCCUGGUGGUUCUUAAUCAAACGCAGGCACUUCCUCUGGUUAUAAAAUUGGGUAAAUAUGUAGUGAGGCACAUCUCUCAAUUCACUGAUGAAGAGCUUGUGAAAGUCUUAGAGGCUUUCAUAUAUUUUGGGUACAAUGACAGAUUUUUUACAAAAGCCCUAGAGCAACAUGUAGCUGCACUGUGUCUCACCUUGGACCCUGAAGUUGUCAGCAAAGUCAUGGAGUACUGCGGGAGAAAACAGAUUCUUUCAAAACCCAUCUUCAAUGCAGUGGCAGAAACUUUUGUUUGCCAAUCAGAAAAAUUUUCACCUAGUCAGAUUUCUGAAUUAAUUGAACCAUUCGGAAAACUCAAUUAUUUGCCACCGAACGCCUCUGCUCUAUUUAGGAAGCUAGAAAAUGUGCUGUUCACUCAUUUCAAUUAUUUUCCUCCCAAAACACUAUUGAAACUUCUGCAUUCGUGUUCACUUAUUGAAUGUCAUCCAGUCAACUUUAUGGCAAAAAUAUUCAGCCCUUUUUUUCUUCAACAGCUGCAAGGUGAACAAUCAUAUUUGGACAGAUUGAAUCUGGCACAGCUAACUCAACUUUUCUUAACCUCAGUCCUAGAAUGCCCUUUCUAUAAGGGUCCAGAACUUCUUCCUAAAUAUCAAGUGAGAUCAUUUAUUUCUUUAUGCUGUUCCCUGGAGACUCCUAUGGAUUUUCAGCUGUAUAAAUCUGUGAAGACUGGACUGAUUGACCUUUUAGGAGCAAGAUUGUAUUUUGCUUCAAAAGUGUUAACACCCUAUUGUUAUACAAUAGAUAUUGAAAUUAAAUUAGAUGAAGAUGGAUUUGUAUUGCCAUUUACAGUUGUUGAAGAUGUCCAUAAAAGAGUAGCAUUAUGCAUUGACGGGCCAAAAAGAUUUUGCUCUAAUAGCACACACUUACUAGGAAGAGAAGCGAUUAAACAAAGACACCUACGGCUACUUGGUUAUCAAGUUGUACAGAUCCCCUAUCAUGAGAUUGAGAUUCUAAAAUCAAGACUGGAAGUGGUGAAAUAUUUACAAAGAAAACUAUUUUCUCAAAACACUGGUGUUCAUUGGUAACAAGAAGGAAUACUGGCUUCAGAGCUCAGCGAAAGAACUUACGGGACUUGGUAUAAAAAAAUGAUGUAAUUGUGAUUAGUCACUUUGCAGAAUUAUGUUUAUAGACUGUCCAAUGAUCUGGAAAGGGUCUGUAGUUUUCCUUAUAUCAUGUAUACAUUUCUUAUUUUAAUUUAAUACUGGUGUCAUAGAUACUUUUUAUACAUCAAACAGAAUUGAUGAA